GCCCGGCUGGCUGGCCGUGGGGCUCCCUGUCGGCUCGGCGGCGGCGGCCAGGAUGGAAGGACGGUUCACCUGAAAAACAGCCCUGUCCCCUGCUAGGAUGUUUCUUAUGAACUCCUCUCCUUUGGUGGCCCUUCCGAGGAAAUGGGAGCCUUUUGCCCCAUCACGGAGCUGUAGAUACCCCGUCUGCUUCUCCGAAUCCGAAGAUGACAUUGCCAGAACCACGGUGAGCGCCAAAGUCCAGGUGAUCAUAAACAACCUGCAGAGCGAAGACGCAUCCCUGGGCAGCCACAGCGAAUAUGGCUGCAUCAUGCAGAAAAAGCAGAAAGGGGCCAAGGGCAGAGUCCCCAGACUUAGGGGCAGCAGCAGGGUGCUGCAGAAACAUAUUAAAUACCCCCAGCAUAACUGCCCCGCUGACUCAGAUGGCAUGGAAGUGGAGGAGGGCUCCGAGUUCGGGCCCCUCUUGUUGAAUUCCGACAGUGAUGAUUCUGUUGACAGAGACAUCGAGGAAGCUAUUCAGGAGUACCUGAAAAACAAAGGCCAAACUCUUCGGCCAUUGCCAAGCCCCACCAGGAGCUUGGAUGGAGACAAGCGGGUCCCACAGAAGCAUCCUUCCCACGAGGCAGCUUGCCAUCUGUUUCCUGCGGGCGUUGAGGCAGGGGCCGUGCAGCAGCACCUUGCUCCCGGUUACUUAGGGGAGGAUGCCGUCCCAUGGGCUUCCUCCCCGUGCAGCGUGAGCAGCGACGACUCCUUCGAACAGAGCAUAAAAGCCGAGAUAGAACAGUUCUUAAACGAGAAGAAACAGCAAGCCAAGAAGAAGAACAUAACUGGGGGGAACAGGAGGCUUGAACAGAGAGAGACCCAAGAGGAGUUGGCAGUCGGGAGCCGGAAAGACGGAACUAGCAGAGCGAGCCAGCGUUCUUUAAAGCGAGGCGGCAAGGUGCUGUUCUUGAGGCGGCCUCCUGAACUCCAAGCCAGCAAUGCUCCUAAAUGUUUGAAGUCGAAAGCCAACGAAGAGCUUGCGGACUGCAGGACAACAAGCCAGGCUCACUUUAUAGCACCUUUGGCUGGUCAUUCCUGCGCACUGGAGCAAAGCAAAGGAGGUGAGAAAAGGCCAACGCUUUGGAAAGGCAGAGGAGAGCAAAGGCUUGGAAGCCGAGAUGUAUCGGAUUCGAGUAGCGAUGAUGGCAUCGAAGAAGCUAUUCAGCUUUACCAGCUUGAGAAAACCAGGAAAGCAGCAGACAGCAGAACAGACUGCCUCCCUUUUCAAAAAGAAGAGUUCAGGGCCGGUGGGGUCGGAGACCUAUCCGCAAGUCUUGCAAACCAUUCUGUGAAAAGUGCUUUAGAAGAAAUCCCUCGAAAAGCUCUGAGCAGCAAGAGGAAACACGUCGGCCCCAAGCCAGCAGAAUUACCUCGGGUUGGGGGCAUUUGUCUCAACCUGGAGAAAAGCAGAAGCCGCUCCCCUCCAGGGAACAGUUUUGCCAAAUGUGCCGUCACGUUCCAGGCCUCGUGCCGAGCAGACACAGCCACCGAGCUGAUGUGUGCAGAAGCCAUUCUGGACAUCUCCAAGACUAUCCUACCUCUGCCUCCAGGAAGCGAGAACGGAACAGACGCGAGGAGCCCUUCCUUCUGCUCCCAGGAUGUGCCCCCUUCCCAACAUGAGAGUGACACCAAUGCUGUUGACAGUGAUGACAGCAUUGAACAAGAGAUACGAGCUUUCUUGGCUGUCAAAGCACAGACAGAACACUUGAUAGCAAAACCCAAAGAGGCCUCGUGCUCCAUCCGGAGUCCUUCCUGCUCUGGGCAAUCUGAUGAACCAAGCUGGGACGCCACGCGCCCAUUCUGCAAGCCGUUAAAGGUGCCGCUGAGUCGCAAAAGGAAACUUAAGGGGGGGAGUAAAACCUCCAGACUGAGCCAGAACGUGCAAGCGAUACUAUCAGAGACGAGCUAUAGUUGUGUAGAUAAUAAUCGUUCAACAACCUCUGCAUCCCUAGAGGAGGACGGUGUAAACAGACUGGAAAAUGGUGAAGCCGGAGGGAUGGCUAAAUGCCAACAAGGCGCUCUAGCCACUGUCAGUUCUGUAGAUUUUGCAAACCCUUUGUCACAGGGGCUCUUUGGUUCUGGAAAACUUGUAAAAAGUACAAGCCAAAGUCAGCAGAAAUACAGAGCAGGUGACAAAAGCAGCUCCUUAGACAGCGACGAGGACCUCGAUACUGCUAUCAAAGACCUCCUACGGUCCAAGCGGAAGCUAAAGAAAAAAUCCAAAGACCAAAGAAUACCCUGCAAGAAGAGAGUCAGGUUCGGCAACACCGAAAUGCACAUUUUUGAGGCAGAAGGAAGAGAGUGCAAAUCCAAAACUCCCGCCUUGCUAAAAAGUUGCCUUGUGAGUUCCAGAAGAGAUGUCGAGGAGGAGGAGGAGGAGGAAGAGGAGGAGGAGGCGGAAAAGAAAGAACUUCAAGGGAAACCAAAAGGUGCAAAGACCAUUCAGUUUGCAUUUGAAUUUAAGAAGGAAUGCCAGGCGAAGCCAACUUGUGGGCCAGAAAUCCAAGAGGCAGCAGAAAAUAAUCAAUGUCUUUGGACUGCCACGUCCUUGACUGACGAUAGCAGCUCCGUAGACAGCGAUGACAGCAUUGAACAAGAAAUCCAGAGAUUUUUGGCAGAAAAGGCUAAAGACUCCACUAGUACCAUGGAGCUGUCUGGGGCCGACGAAAUUGUUAAGACGCUGAGAGUUGAUAAUCCCCAAACCGCUCUAUGUAAAGCAAAGUGCCCACUUUUCCAGGGUGGCAGCAAUGUCUUAUUAAAGCCAAAUAAAAAAGGGAAGAUGGCGGUUCUACCAAUUGUUAAACUGAAAAGUUCUUUGAGGGCUGAAGGCGAGAUGGCAGGAAACGCUUCCAGGAAUGGUGAGCAAACAUUGCCGUGCACAGAAGAAACGUGCAGCCGAGCUUUGGCAAGGACACAGGCAAACCGAGGCAUUGUGCAGGCAAAGGGUGUUGGCUUACCUGUAAAGAGGACUGCAGUAGGACGAAAGGUGACCUAUGAUCAGAGAGGCCUUCCACCUGGGAAGGACAAGGGAGAGAGCCGUACAUUGCAAAAUCAUUUUAAGCCUGUGUCUCUUUUCAAAAGGAAGAGCUCCUAUGAAUUCAGAAUGUCCAGCAAGCUGAUAGCGGGUCUCAAAAGUGCUCCGAAUAAGAAGAAAUCUGUGAUUUGGGGGGAAAGACAGAGCAUAGAGUUUGCCUUGUUCAAAAGCCCAGGAGGUGUGUGUGCAGCAGAUCUCCUUGGUGAGAGGUGCGACGCGUCUGUGCAGGAAGGGAUCCCAGGUUCCAGGAAAGAGACAGGAGUUAGAGAGGCAGGUUUGUCUUCAACGUACGCUACAGAAGGGUUACAUCUCUGCAUGUCAGAAAGGAACGGGGAAAAGCAGGUGACCACUUUACCUAAUGAAGGGGUAAACGUAGCCCAAAUUAAACCUUGGGGAGACAAAGAACCUUGCUACUGCGUGGCUCCGGACCCAAGUCCUCCUUUGCAGGAGCGCAGAAUAGACGAUGUCAGAGGGGUCAAAGCGAGCACAGGUCUCUUGCCUGUUGGGACCCCAGUUAGAGCAGAGGAAGGCAGAACCCAAGAGCACAGCAGCAGUAAAAACCCCAACAGCGCUUGUAACUCACCUCCGAAAGAGAGACCCUUGUUCGGCCAAGAUAAGAUAGCUGAGGAAGCGUCCCCAAAGCGUUUCAUGGGAGGUUCUACAGAGUUUCCAGAUGUACCCGUGGGGGAGUAUUUGCAUUGUCCGGUGAAAAGCAAAGUCUCCGCUUUGCAAGUAUUUCCCCAAUUUUAAAAGGCGUUGUCAUUUUUAAAGGUAAUUCCAGAAAAGCUGCAGUAUAAGUUACUUUUUUCUGAGAUAAUUAGUCUCCGUGUUGGAAGAGGUAAGAAUUCUUAUGAAAAUGGGUAUGUGUGUGAUCCCACCCCACUCCUCAUCUUUAGUACAUGGAUAGGGCAGCUUUAUCUGCUCAGCUGUUCCAGGUGGGAAACUUGAGCUUAUAAAUGUAAGUGUUUCCCCCGACAUCGAGGUUCAUCUCUGUGUCUGGAAAAAGUAAUGCUUAUAAAGCCACCGUUGCUGAUGAUGUCUCCAGCGCAGCUGAAACUAAAAGGGAAAUGUGGAAAAUACUGAAGCAAAUACUCCCAAGUGAAGAAGCGUCUCCAAUUACAUGUACCUGGGUUAUUUGGGGGAGGGGGUCCCCUCUUGGUAAGAAUUUUAAAAAUAAUUUUAAAAGUGCUUAGGGAAAUCUUUUUAUAAUGAUUUAUAGAGCAUGCCUAACUGCAGGGAACUGUAGUUAAUCAUGUUUAUUGUAAUAGAUGAUUAAAGUAAGUGUGGUCUUUUAUGCUUUAAUCUAGGAUGCGCCCAGGCAGAAGACACAUUGGUCCCAUUUUCUCUGGCUUGUCAGGGGAGAGACAGGCCAGAGUUCAGAUGCAACACUAAACAGUCCCUAGGCAGGGUGUCCCUGGGUUGUUUAGCCACUGUCUCAUUCAAACCAACCCACAUUUUUAAAUAAUUGUGGGUUGUGACGUGUGAAAUGGGCAUAGCCUCUUGUGCACAGAAGCACGCUUUUCGAUUCAUCACAACAAUGAAACGAAUAUAGGACCUUGUCCUUCGUUGUGUGCUGUCCCCUUUCUUUUUAUUUCACUAUUUACCUCUGGGAUGGCCUGGUCUGCUCUUCCCACUUGCCUCAGUCCAAAGAGCUAAUGCACACACACUCUUGCACACAUGGGCUCCCCCAGUCGUUUUAGUGCACACACAGAAGAAUUGUGGCCACGGAGCCCAAAUGCCUUUCCAGGGCUGUCAUCCUCACAUGAAGAAUGGUGUGUGGGGUGGGGGGGGAUAUCACUGUCACACGUUGCCUCUGCAGCCUGGCGAAACAACCCAUGAACAACCUACGAGCCUGAGUUCACACAUAUCAACCCAUAAUUUAAACAACUCAGUGUUCACAGCCCAACAAAAAGCCAUGGCUUCUUUGGGUUGUCCGUGGUUAGCAAAUCAUGAUUUGUUUGUGCAGAUGGGUUUGCUUAUCGUGACAAUCCAGAAUGCAACAACCCAUGAGUUAAAUAAACCAUGGGUUAGCAUUAUGUGAAAACCAGGUCACUGUGAUGCUAUUUUUGUCGUCGUUACUUCUCUAGAAGGUAACACGUGCAGUCAGAAAGAGGCCUUAGUUCACAGUCGGAACACAACCUGGUAUUUUUCAACUGUCCUUUUCUCUGCUGACGAUCCCUCUCCUUUAAAUCCUUUCAUUAAAUCAACCUGAACGUUCGAAGGAGCAUGCCGUGUCCUCUCGGGACGGUUGGUGCGUGUCGGAGUCCGGCUGUUCAUUUGUUUUUCUUUUGAAUUGCAGUAAUUUGUAGUUUGUGGUUUCGAUGCUAUCUGGUUGAAGAAGCACUUUUUAAAUUAAGAAGACUUUGUUUUGUAUAUAAGAAAUGGUGUACAUUCAUACAUUUAUAAGAUUUAAUAA